AUGAGAAGGAAAUCUCUAUUGACUAUAUUAGGGAUUAUAAUCAACUUUUACGUCUUCUGUUUAGCUACCCCAGAUCUUCAAAGGCUUUUCUAUUGUGAUAAGAAGAUAAUCGAUUUCAAAGCAGUGGAGAGAGCAAAGCGUCACGCCUGCAACGGUCUUAGUGGUUCAUACUGGUGGAGCAAAUUCCCAGCUACGUUGAGUGGUUCGGAAAUAUUUCGUAUAGAUGAUGCUAUUCUCUUUGUGUGGCCACUGAAUUUGGGGAGUAAUCAUGAAUUUAACGAAGGUGGUGCCGCAACUGAACGGGUCGUUAUAGAUUCGCAGUGCAAUUUCAUUGGCCUUAUCAAGAGAAUUGACGAAACCUAUCAGAGGUGCAUCCAACCUGUAGAUCCUAAUUACAGACCAACUCAUUUACCAAUGUUUCCUAUGGAAGACCAACCUAAGCAAUACGGGUACAAAUGUAGCAAUGAAAUAAUACCUGAAACCGAUUUGAAACGUACCUAUGAUUACAUCUACAAUCAUUGGUCAAAGCUACAAAAUUCAGGACAAGAACCAUCCGGGAAUCUUCAAGGACAAACCACAGAGAGCAGUAGAUAUGAAAAAUUUUGGACAUGGCCUAUUCGAAUCAAAAAGCGAGAGUCGAAAUCUCCGAAUUAUCCACCGGAUCGAUUCCGCGCUGCAAUAAGCCAACUUGACAAGUCACUCGCUUUGAUAUACAAAGAUGAGGACCGUUGGAAAAAAUGUGAUGGUAUUUACUAUUUGGACCCAGAACCACCUAGACUGUCAGAAGACACUAAAACCUCUGUUGGUGAGACUAUUUACGAAGGUAUCAGCGCAUUCAGGUGCGGCAAUGAUAACUUCUCGGCAACUACAGUGAAUAGCCACAUUCAAGCAGGUUGCAAUCGAGUAAGAAGUCUGGUCAAUCCAAGAGGCAUUAAUACAUAUGAGUUUCCCAGAUCACCUGAAAAUAUUCAAUACAAAUCAAAACCAGUAUGGCACUGGCCUCUCAGACGAUUUGAAACCAAUGAUAGAUCAUCAAAACAUAUAAAUCACUAUUCGGUCCGCCUCGGCAGUGAUUGUGAAUUUCUGGGUGUCUAUCAUCUCAUGGGCGAAGCGUAUAGACCAUGUGAAAAGCAAAGAGAUACUAUUCCAGCGCCAGAAUUGCAAUCCAAGGAUUUUGAUACACGGUUAUCAUCCAAGAGGCGAAAAUUUGCCGACAUGCCCUAA